UUUCCCCAUCCUUUAAGCCCGAGGUUACUUCGUCCUUUCCCCAUCCCUAGGUCAGGGGUAUAUCGCCGCUGGGAGCUAAGAUCGCCAUUUCCUCUUUUUUUUUUUUUAACGGGGAAGAGGAUGUGUCUACAUAUUUAAACGUUUAAGGAUCUGUCUUGAGCUCCCUUCUUCGCUUCUCCUUCUCUUAACCUGGGGUGAAAGUCCUGCCCCCACCUCCUUUCCUGGGGAGCGGUAAAGUUGUUUGAGAUCCUUCCUUAUCCAGUGCGAUGGGAUGGUUAAAGCCCUCCGACUCUGUCUGAGGAAGGGGAGGGCGUAGGGAAACACCUGAACAAUGUGGAAUCCCAAUGCCGGGCAGCCAGGGCCAAAUCCAUGUCGCCCUAACCCUGGAUGUCCCAACCCUGUCUAUCCACAUCCUGCCAAUCCUGCCUUUCCUCCAGGUCCCUUUCCCACACCCCCAGGAGUUCCCCAGGGGAAUCCAGCUUUCCCCCCAUGUGGGCCCCCUCAACCUGUGCCACAACCAGGGUAUCCAGGAUGCCAACCCCCAAAACCCUGCCCACCUCCUGGCCCCUGCCCUCCUCCAUACCCACCAUCUGCCCCUGGAGUGCCUCCAAUGAAUCCCUUGGCUCCUGGCAUGGUAGGACCAGGAAUAGUGAUGGACAAGAAGAUGCAGAAGAAAAUGAAGAAAGCUCAUAAAAAGAUGCACAAACACCACAAGCAUGGCAAGCAUUCCUCUUCUUCCUCCUCUUCUUCCAGCAGUGACUCUGACUGAAUACAGGGCCUGGACCCUUCCCUCAAGUCUCACCAGUUCUGCUCUCCCAUCAAGCUUCAGAUGCCAUGUUGUACUGAGGGAAAUUAACCCUUGUGCCUCCCGCCUGAACCUCACCCUGCCGCUCAGCCCAACUGGCUAGGGAAAGUGGGAAAAGGAUUGCCAUGGGCUAGUAAAGGCCUUCUUGCUUCCCGGAUAGAAUUUUUAGCUAAUAAGUUUAGCAGGGGCGUUGUUUUUUGAAGAUGGUGAGCCCUUUGAACUAAAUGCUGAAGACAAGUUUAAGAUCUGUAAAAUGUGAUUUGAAAAAAAACUUUAUUUUGUAAUAGUGGUGGAUGGGGGUGUGUUUGGAAAUUUGACAAUGUAAAAAAAAAAUCCUGUACCUUUUUUGUAAUGGUGGUAUAAUUCAAUGGUUCAGUGGCAAAUACAUUUCCCAGUAAGCCUUUUAUUGUUUGUACUAACUGCAAGCCUGCUGGGAAGUGGAGUUCCUUUGGUUGGUGAGCUCUGACUGCCAUUGCAGAACCUCAUCUCUACUCUUUAGCUCAGUAUGGUAUCUCAGGUCCUACUCACAUUCUCCAGCUCUCAGUCCAAAUAAAGCUAUUUCUCCUGGUCUCUGUU